GGGCAUCUUUCCCCCUAAAAAUGUCAAACAUAAUUCUCCAGGCUAUGGCGCAACAAGACACGAUCCUCGGCGCCGUGAAGUUUGACUGGCGCCAACAGACAGCGGAAGAGUACUUCUCUGACUCUGACGGUACGAAGUUCGACCUUGCCCAUGCUGUACAAGUUUUGUACCAUGUGGACGACCACCACGUCACCUUGCAGAACAUGUGGGAACAACUGGCUGAUGGUGGCCACCUGUUUGCAUUACUUCUUUCGGACAAAAGAGGCAUGGGGAGGCUGUUCCAUGAAAUAUGGAAGUGGUUUCCGCAUGGAGACGAUCGUCUGAGGACGUCACUUCGCUCUUCUGGUGACGUCACGCGAUCGCUCGAAUCCAGCGGCAUCAGUUACGUCAUCGCUGAAGACGAGCAUGACGUCAACCUUGCCGAGUGCUACAAGGAGGAUUCGGAGGCGGGAAGACUGAUUCUCGACUUUUUGACGCAAACGUCGGACGUCUAUGCACACCCCGAGAUGAGAUCGGCAGUCUUGGAGUAUUGUCUGCGUCAUUCGUCAUCGGUUGAUGGCAAAAUUCUUUUCAAAGUAGGCAGCACGGCCAUCAUGGCCCGUAAAACUGCACAGAAUUAAAAAAGAAUACUUUCCUCGUGUUAAAAGGUCUAUCUUUUGGGGCAUUUUUCAUACAUUGCAGUCUGUCAUGAUCAACGCACCACAUAAAUUGAAACAAGAUAUUUACGCAAGGUUGAUGUUUUUAAACAGAUGU